AUGGCAGGCGGCAGUCCAGUAGCCAAGCAGGUAGUGGUGUACAAGAAUGGGGAUCAGCUGCUGGUGACUCAGCACUGCUUCCCCACCCCGGAGACCUUCCUCUGUGAGGUAACAUCUGCCAUGCAGGUCCCACUGACUGUGCGUGCCCUCUACAGACCCUGUCGUGGCCACUGUGUCACUGACAUGGCAGAGUUGCAGAACAGAGGACAGUAUGUGGCUGCUGGCUUCAAACGAUUCUGUAAGCUCUACUACUUAGCCUCUGGAGAGAAGGAUCCGGGCAGGAAGAGCAGCAGACUGCCAGCUGCUCUUUGUCCCAGUGUGUUCAGGAAUGGGGACCUGUUAAGUCCCCCAUUGAGCCUGAAGCUGUCCCAGGCUCCCAGGCAGGACCGGGAAACAGUGUUGAAACUUACCGAGAAGGCCAAGUUGCAGAGCAAGGCUGUGUGCAAACUCUGCACCCUGGAGGGGCUCCCACUGUUGGAAGGGGAGGCUCUGGUGAGCGGCCAUUACUUAGAGCUGCUGGUGUCCAGCCCCUCUCUACCCAGGGGCUGCUGGCAUCCCCUAGGCUGGAAGUCUAGGCCCCACAGGCAGGGGGCAGGUGAUGCAGGGGCCAUAGAGGCCCAUUGCCACAGGGCACAGGCAACCCAGCCCACUCCAAAGGAGCCAGGCCGAGUUGAGCCAUCUACUUUCUAUGCCAGACCCCAGGAGGCCACUCAGUCAAGAAGCAAACCUCCCCUUCUCUCAUUUUCAUCAGGAGUCAAGGGAGUAUAUGGGGCUCCCCACCGAAGGAGGGAGACAGCAGGGGCCCAAGAAGUAGCAGACGAUGAAGACAUCCAAACAGAGGAGCCCUUGGAUCAGAGAGCAGAACAGAUGGUAGAAGAGGCCUUGUUCCUGGAAAAUGACCAGCCUGGGGCUGGGGCAGCUAUCUCGGCCUCAGUCCCUGCUCCACCAUCUUGA